UCUGCUCCAUGCCAAGAGAAUUGAGUUUGAAUCUGUGUCUAAAGCUCAGCUGAAACUUUUCAGAGUACAGAGGUGUCUACAAGAACCAUCGAAAUGACCAAGUAAAAGAGACCCAAGUCUAAUGGGGUGGAGGCUGAUGAGAUGGGCUACUUCUCUUGUUUAUCUAAAUCAAAAGGGUAACAUUCCUUUUCUUCACUCAUCUCUUCCUUUUUUUCCAAUUGUGUCUCGUCAUCAUUUUGGUACUUCUGCUGGUAAAACCAUUAAAAUAGAACAACAUUCACGGGCUACCCACUUCGGGAGUCUCGAUGAUGCUUUGUGUUUCUUUGAUUCCCUUGUGCAAACGAAACCUUUCCCUGCAAUUUGGGUUUUCAAUCAACUUUUAGGGUCUAUUUCCAAGAUGAAACACUACUCUACUGUGCUCUCCUUGUUUAAACAAAUGGGAUUCUUUGGAAUUGUACCAAAUAUGCAUACUCUGAGUGUGUUAAUCAAUUGCUUAUGCCACUUGGGUCGGACGGAAUUUGGUUUCUCUGUAUUGGGGAGCAUCCUGAAACGUGGUUAUGAACCAAAUGUGAUUACUUUAAGCACUUUGAUUAGGGGGCUCUGUUCAAAGAAUGAAAUUGGUCAUGCACUGGAGUUGUUCUGCAAAAUAGAAGAGUUGGGGUAUCCGAUUGAUGAAGUCACAUAUGGGACUAUAAUUAAUGGGCUUUGCAAGAGUGGAAAAUCUGUUAAGGCCCUUGAUUUGUUCAGAGAGAGAGUGCAGAAUGGUGGGUGUAAUCCAGACUUAAUCAUGUAUAGCAUGAUCAUUGACGGUCUCUGCAAAGAGGGGCUGGUAAAUGAGGCCAUGAACCUCUUCAUAGAAAUGAAGAGCAGAGGCAUCUCACCAAAUGUUGUUACUUACAGCUCUGUGAUUCAUGGCCUCUGCAAUUUUGGGCUAUGGAAAGAAGCUGCACGCAUUUUUGGUGAGAUGAUGAAUGAUGGAAUCAAACCUAAUACUAUAAUUUUCACCAUUAUGAUCGAUGGUCUUUGUAGAGAAGGGAGGUUUGAGGAAGCACAUAAACUGUUUGAUGUAAUGCUUCAAAAUGGUGUGUUGCCUAAUAUCUUCACAUACACUAGCUUGAUUCAAGGCCUAUGCAAUUCAGGCCAAUGGAGAGAAGCCACCGGGUUGUUCAAUGAGAUGUUGGAAGGUGGAAUUUCUCCAAAUAUUGUUACCUUCAAUGCUGUUGUUGCUGCUCUUUGCAAAGAAGGGAAGGCUAAAGAAGCUCAUAAACUCUUUUAUUUGAUGAUUCAGAAGGGUGUGGAGCCUGAUUUAAUCACAUGCAAUGCAUUGAUAGAUGGAUAUUGUCUACUGGGUCAAAUGGAUGAGGCAAUGGAGUUCUUUACUUCCAUGAUGAGUUGGGGAUAUAAGCCUGACACCAUUACCUAUAGUUCACUAAUUAAUGGCUAUUGCAAGUGCAGGAGGAUGAUUGAAGCCUUCCAGCUCUUUAAAGAAAUGCCACGCAAGGGAAUAAUCCUUGACACAAUUACUUAUACUACUCUUAUGCAAGGUUUUUUCCUUGCAGGCCAAGUUGGGAAUGCGCAGAAGGUUUUCAAAGAAAUGAAAGUUCAUGGGCACAAGCCAGAUCAAUACACCUAUUCUAUAUUGAUGAAUGGGCUAUGCAAAAGCAAGCGUAUUGAUGAUGCCCUGAAAUUGUUUCACAAAAUAGAAUCUAAAAACCUUGAUAUUCUUACUUACAGUGUCCUCCUUGAUGGAAUGUGGGAGGCAUGUAUGCCGAAAGAGGCAGAAGAAUUGUUCAACUCUAUCUCUUCCAAAGGUUUGGAACCUAAUGUUAACGCAUAUGGCAUAAUGAUCAAGGGAUUCUGCAAAGAAGGCUUGCUGAGCAAAGCUUGGGAUUUAUUCAUGAAAUUGGAAGAAAAGGGUUGUCCUCCAAAUGAUGUGACUUAUAACAUCUUGGUUCAAGGAUUUCUUCAAAAUAAAGAGACCAACAAGGCAUUCGAGCUUCUGAAUGAAAUGUCUCAGAGAGGUUUCUUACCUGAUGCGAAGACUGCAUCUCUGAUGGUGAAUUUGCUUGCAGAAGGGGGGUCUGAAUGUGAAUGUUUUGAAAGCCUAAACAAAUUUAUGCCAAAUAAAAACUAACAAGGCCAUAUUUAAACGAGCAUUCAUUUUUAGCUUCCUUAA